AUGGAGCUUGUAGGCUCUACUUUAACGGCAACUUACGCCCACCCAAGACCAAUACCUACUAACUUCCUACCAGCUAUCAGCACCAUGGCAUCGAGCUAUAAGAACCGGUUCCCUCACUACUCUUUGACCCAUAGCUUGAGCCUUCCAUGGCGACCCAGCACUUAUUAUAAAGUAGCAGCCAUCACUCCUACUUUGGCUCCCUUCUCCAAAAGUUCCCAAGGGUUAACCCAAAGCAAGAUGCUUCCCUUUGUUUCCAAUAGAACAGCGCUUUUCACCAGGUAUACCCCGGAUGACUGGUACAGAUCCAACCUGACCAAUUAUAAAGAGUCAGAGACAUCCCGGCACAGCGCAGAGAGGCUAAGAGUGGACACAUCCCGCAUGAUCCAGGACAAAGAUCAGCAAACAAGGAAAACCCAAACAGACACUACCAAAAAUUUGGGAGAACGGGUCAACGAUAUAGUAUUUUGGAAAUCAGAGCUCAACCACGAGAUAGAUGAGAUGAUUGGGGAGACCAAUGCUCUCACAGACAUGAAGAAACGAUUGGAAAGGGCCUUGGCUGAAACAGAAGGUCCUCUCCAGGUAGCCCAAGAGUGCUUACUUCAUCGAGAGAAGAGGAUGGGAAUCGACCUAGUCCAUGAUGAUGUGGAAAAACAGCUGUUGACAGAAGUUGACGUCAUCAAGUCGUGUCAGGAGAGGAUGAAACGCCACCUGGAUAAGGCGAUAGCCCAGCUUGCAUCUGACAGGGCAGCCCAGCACGAGCUGGAGAAAGACCUUAGUGAUAAGCAAGCAGCUCACCGGAUCGAUGACAAGUGUCACCAUCUAAGGAACACUUCUGAUGGCAUCAGUUACUACAGAGGAGUGGAGCGGGUUGAUGCUACGAUCUCUGUGCCAGAGUCCUGGGCCAAGUUUACAGAUGAUAAUAUUCUACGCUCCCAGAGCGAACGAGCUGCCUCCUCCAAACUGAGGGAUGAUAUUGAAAACUUGCUGGUUGUGACUGCAAAUGAGAUGUGGAACCAGUUCAACAGAGUGAACGUCGCGUUCACUAAUCGCAUCUCUGAGACAGCAGAUGCCAAAAAUAAGAUCCAGACACAUCUGGCUAAGACGCUACAAGAAAUCUUCCAAACAGAGAUGACGAUAGCAGCCAUUCGAAAAGCCAUCAGAGACAAAGGGCCGCCAUUAAAGGUGGCCCAUACCCGCCUGGACGAGCGCACGCGGCGGCCAAACGUGGAGCUGUGCCGGGAUUCCACCCAGUUACGCCUGGUUAAUGAAGUCCAUGAAAUCGAUGACACCAUCCAGAACCUUCAGCAGAGGUUGAGGGACGCAGAGGACACCUUGCAGAUGUUGGUCCACACCAAAUCUAAUCUGGAGCAUGACCUGGCUGUCAAAGCCAACUCCCUGUUCAUUGCUCAGGAGAAGUGCAUGGGGAUGCGUAAGACCUUCCCCAACACUCUGAGGCUGGUGGGGUACACAUAG